AGCUAUUCGACAAAAAUGUACCAAAAUGGACAUAAAAUGUGUUUUAGUGUCUGAUUUUGAGAAAGUUUGUCGUAUUUGUAUGAAAUUCGUCAAAACAUUUUUACAAAUUAACUCGUUUAAAAUAAUUGAUAUGAUAACAGCAUUCGCUUCUGUACAGAUUUGGGAAAAUGAUGGACUACCAAAUCAAAUAUGCAACGAAUGUUUUCUUCAACUACAAAACACCAUUAGUUUUAAACAAUUAUGUGAAAAUUCAGAUAAUACUUUUCGUCAAAUUAUUGAACAGGAUAAAAGUAAUUUUUGGAACAACCAAAAUGACUUGGAAAAUGUGAAAAAUGAAGAAUUUUCUACUCUAAAUUAUCCAAUUUACAUUAAAGAAGAGACAGAUGUUGAAACUAUUGCAAAUCAAGACAAGGAUGAUUCCAACAAAACACAAAACAACCUUGAAGAAACGGUGGAAAUUAAAAAAGAAGAUAAAUCAGAAUCGAAUAGAAAAAGUACAAAGAAGAAAACCAUCCUACAUAAGUUCGAAGAAGAAAGUGAUGGAUUUGAAAAUACAAAUGAUGAAAAUUAUUCUAGUUAUGACAGUGAGAAUGAAAAGUUAUCCGAUUUAAAACUACAACUACCGAAGAUAAGUGAAUACGAAUGUGAAACAUGUUCUAAGACAUUUAAAAAAGUCGAUGCUCUUGGUUGGCAUAUGAAAAGAACGCAUAAAGCAAAAGGUGUUAAAUGUGGACGAUGCUCAGUAGUUUGUUAUCAUUCGUUACAUUUACGUGCCCAUGUAAAGUCACAUAAUAGAUGUGCCAUUUGCUAUUCUUCAUUUUCAACCCGAAAAAAAUUAGUAGAACAUAAAUUAACACAACAUAAAAUAAAUGAAAAAUCUAUUAAAUGUGAUACUUGUAAAGAAACAUUUCAAACAAAGCGUGAUUUACAAAAACAUAUGCGUAAAAUCCAUCCAAAAAGGAUGCUCUCAAAAGACAAGGCAAGAAUUAAGUACGAUAAACAGGACGCUAAUUGUGAGAUUUGUGGUAAAUCAGUACGUCGACGUAAUCUAAGACUGCAUUUGGGUACACACAGUGAACACGCCGAGAAUCUAAAAGUUAAACUGAACGUAAAUUGUGAGGUUUGUGGUAAAUCUAUACGACGACAUCAUCUACGCUCGCAUAUGUUAACACACAGAGAACUUAAUAACCUAACUUGUCGAUAUUGUGCAAAAGAAUUUACAACACCAGAAGCACUUCAGGAUCAUGAGCAAGUUUCUCACAAGAAAUGUUUAUGUGAUCAUUGUGGACUUAGGUUGCGUUCUAAUCAACUAAAAAAACAUUUAUUAACCCACACCAAGGAACGGCCACAUGCUUGUGAUCGAUGCGAUAAAACUUAUCGCCACGGUUAUGAAUUAAAAACGCACAUAUCACGUGUUCAUUUGAAUGAACGUAAUUUUGUUUGUACAUUCUGUUCCCAAGCAUUCUUUGAUAAGGUUAUCCUAUUAAAACAUGUAAGACGACAUACUGGUGAAAAGCCAUUUAAAUGUCAAAUGUGUGAAAAAUGUUUUAUACAAAAAGCUGCUUUAGAUGUGCAUAUGAAAACUCAUACGAAUUUGUUAUAAAAUUUAAAAAAAAAUUCACCAGUCUUGGUCGAAUUUAAUCGUUGGCGCCUCUGAUGAAGUCAUAGAGAUAUCAUUAGAUAGAGUGCACGAGUGUCUAUGCUAGCCAUAAGUGAGAGUGUCCGCAGGUAAGAGAAAGAACGCUGUUGAGCUAUUCUAUGAUACGGUAGCUCGGCGGCGAUUUCUCUCUUACCUGCGGACACUCUCACAGCUCUCUCUUGCACUCGUUGAAAGUUGAAAGUUCUUAUAAGAUAUUCAUAUCUUGGGCAUACCGAGGAUGGGACAAAUCAGAGUAGCUGCCUUCCCUUAGACAUGGAGCUACCAUAGAUUAAAUUAACUAAGAAUGUGUAUAUGCCAAAGUACUAUUGAAUUAAUGACAUUUUUGGAUCGUAAAUUUCUUACCACCCUCCCUCUAAUCCAAAAAUUACUACCUGCCGUUGGAGCCAAUAGUGACAUGAUAAACUACAAAAUACUUGUUUAGGAAAGGAGAAUAUUGAGACCACAGAAUAUUUUUUCGUUUAAUAUUUUAAUAUACCUAACGUUUUUCAAAGGAGCGACUUUUGAGAACUACAGAAUACUUCCAAAGAAAAUAGAAAUGUUAAUACCCUUUUUUGUAUAUUUGGUUUGAAUUUGUUCUCAAAUUUUUUAAGUAAUUUUUUAGGCACGUUAUGAAAAAAUGAUGAGAGUGACUUUUUAUGAUGCUAGCGCAUAGGGUGACACGAAAAGUACAUGGUGAAGUUAGUUAAAAUUUUUAACACCAUGAAGUUAGUCGAUAAACGAAAUGCUACUCAAGGAUAGACAAAUGUCACUCAAGCAUAGACAAACAUUAAUGAAUCGUAAUUGAAAUGAAAAGGUCUAUAGAUAGGUUAACUGGACUAUGUAUUAUUUGAUUACAUUAUUUAUAAAUAAUUAUAUUUGUUAUUAAUUAAUUAAACAUUUAAUUUUUUUUAAUAGGCGCUGAUAGCAUCAUAAAUA